UUUCAGGUUUUCGAAAGGAGAGUUUGUACAUGCUGUGGUAAGGAGGGAACGUGGAUGUUUUCAGCCAAUGUAGAAAAGUAGUGGAGAUGAUUCCCUGAAAAAUCAGCAUCACUGCACAGAGCAAGCAUGGCUUUUGCCCAAUCGCACAUUAUGACAGCUAGAAGGCAUCAACACAGUAGACUCAUAAUUGAAGUUGAUGAGUACAGCUCAAACCCGACACAGGCAUUCACGUUCUACAACAUUAACCAGGGACGUUUCCAGCCCCCACAUGUGCAAAUGGUAGAUCCUGUUUCACAUGAUGCUCCCAAGCCUCCAGGAUACACUCGUUUUGUCUGCGUAUCUGAUACCCACUCCAGAACAGAUCCAAUCCAAAUGCCAUAUGGCGAUGUUUUAAUACAUGCUGGUGAUUUCACGGAACUGGGACUCCCUAGCGAAGUUAAAAAAUUCAAUGAGUGGUUAGGCAGCCUACCAUAUGAAUACAAGAUUGUGAUUGCAGGCAAUCAUGAACUGACGUUUGACCAAGAGUUCAUGGCGGACUUAAUCAAGCAGGACUUUUACUAUUUUCCUUCUGUAUCCAAACUGAAGCCAGAAAGCUAUGAAAAUGUCCAGUCUCUCUUAACAAACUGCAUAUACCUGCAAGAUUCAGAAGUGACGGUGAGGGGCUUCAGGAUAUAUGGCUCACCUUGGCAACCUUGGUUUUAUGGCUGGGGCUUUAAUCUUCCACGAGGCCAGGCACUCUUAGAGAAAUGGAACCUAAUUCCAGAUGGAAUAGAUAUUCUUAUAACGCAUGGACCACCUCUCGGUUUUCUAGAUUGGGUUCCCAAGAAAAUGCAAAGAGUGGGUUGUGUUGAAUUGCUGAAUACGGUCCAGAGACGGAUACAACCACGCCUUCAUGUUUUUGGACACAUUCAUGAAGGUUAUGGAGUCAUGGCUGAUGGAACUACCACCUAUGUGAACGCUUCUGUGUGUACAGUGAACUACCAGCCACUCAAUCCACCUAUAGUUAUCGAUUUGCCUACUCCAAGGAACACAUGAUUAUUACAGGACACCAAUAUGAAGCCUGCAAGCUACGCACAACGUGAGCAGCUCCGUGCUGCUAGCCAAUGUGGUAACUGAGCAUACAUUAAAGUACGAAAACACGCUUCUCCUUUCUUCAUGGACCAA